GAGUUCAAGUGAAAGCAGCCAUGAAAGUGGUGAGCUCCAACUGCCAUGAAUCUCACUGCCUGCAAGUGCAGUAAUGGCGAGAGCAAGGACUGGGGGACAUUCAUGGCGCACCCAAUUUUUUUCCAAGUCGCACCCUAGCCUUCAUUAUAGCCGCGCUGCCUUGCCCUACCUGCCAGAUCAGCCUCUCGAUCUCCUCUACGUCAAUGCCCACCACCCCAUCUUUCCGAAUAAUAUAUGUCAGGGACGCCAUAGCUGAUAGAGAGGCGUUGGUCGAUUUGGAACAGGAAUAUUGCAAUGUCGCUCUAGUCAAGCUGGGGUGUCUACCUGAUUGCAAGAAGAGGAGGAAGGAGGAGAGGAAAUUUGAGAGUGGAUCCUUCUAGGAUUCGUCAGGAUAGUAACUUCGAAGUGAUGUACUGUCAGGUCCUGCAGUAGGACUUUUGUGUGUGUGUGUCAGGUUUGGUCUUUUAGAACACGAAUUUUGAGCUGAAAUGUGCUGCUCGGAAGGACGGUGGGGGUCGAGAGGUUGAACCAGCUUGCGGUGGGCCAGCUCAUUUCCAGGUUCCUGGCCCUUCCGUUGCAAAGAUCCUGAGAAGAAGCAAGCUAGUGGAAGUGUGUAACAGUAGCAGCAGGAAACAAUGCCUGGAGGUGACGAGAUGGCGAUGAAGAAGCUGGACGUCGAGGUAAAGGAGCCGAAGCUGAUCGUCGAGGUGAAGGAGCCGCAGCUGGUGGUCCCUGCGGAGUCGACGCCGCACCUUGUCUAUUUUUUGAACAAUUUGGACCAGAACAUUGCGGUGAGCAUGCGCACGGUGUAUUUCUUCAUGGCGCGGGAGGAGAAGAAACAUGAAGACCCUGCACCAGUCAUAAAGGAUGCGCUGUCGAAGUUGCUGGUGCACUUCUAUCCCAUGGCAGGGAGGCUGGGCAUCAGCGAGGACUUCAAGCUGCAGGUUGAUUGCCAGGAGCAAGGUGCUGUGUUUGUGGAGGCCACGGCGAACAAGUGCAUUGCAGAGUUAGGGGAGAUAUCCAGCCCUACCCCGUUCAUGCGGGAGCUGGUUUACGAGUUCCCCAAUGCCAAAAACAUUCUUGAAGUGCCUCCGCUGAUCGUACAGGUUACUACAUUCAAGUGUGGGGGAUUUUCUCUCAGCUUGCACAACAACCAUUGUAUGAUGGAUGGGCUCUCCGCCAACGAGUUUCUGCAAGCGUGGGGGGAGCUCGCCCGUGGUGUCGACAUCACCCACCCCCCUCACAUCGAUCGCAGUGUGCUGCGAUCCCGAGAUCCACCCAGAGUAGAAUUCCCCCACCACGAGUUUGACGAAAUCGAGGAUCUCUCUGGUGGGGAGCUCCUCAUGGGCGAUAGUCUCGUGUACAAGAACUUCAUUCUCACACCCGACGAUUUGGAAGCUGUGAAGAAAGCAAUUCUCGAAGACGGUGCCAUACAGAAAGUCUCCACAUUCGAAGCGCUCACGGCAUUGACAUGGCGGGCCAGGACACAAGCCAUGGACAUGCCACUCAAACAGAAGACCCGGCUCCUCUUCGCCGUCGAUGGCCGGAGCAAGUUCGACCCCCCCCUGCCAGAGCAUUUCUUUGGCAACGGCAUCGUUUUGACGUGCGCCAUCACCACCGCCGCAGAAUUGACUCAGCAACCUCUCUCAUACGCUGUGAAGCUCGUACAGGAUGCCAUUGCCAUGAUCAACGACGACUACAUGCGUUCUGCUCUGGAUUUCUACGAGCUCACUCGCUCAAGACCUGCACUCGUUGCCACUCUUCUCGUCACCACCUGGUUGCGGCUCCCCUUCCACACAGUGGACUUCGGUUGGGGCUACCCAAUGAGCACUAGCCCUGCUUGUCUCCCCGACCGCGAGGUUAUCCUCUUCACUUCCUGCGGGAAAGGCAGGAGAAGCGUGAAGAUAUUGCUCGCAAUGCCAAGCCAGGAAUCUAUGGAGAAACUCGACAACGACCUACGGUGUUACGGCGUUCAAUCAUCAGAAGCUGCCGAUUCAUGGUUGCUUCGUGAACAUCCAAUUCUGCGUCGCAACACAUGAUUUCUAGUCUAUCUACAGCAAGAGCUCAAGCAGGGAAGUGGCCCACUGCAAUUUUGAAGUCAUCGUGAAGGGGAUAAUCUAGCUUUGUGAUAUGUAUAAGUACUUUGCUUAGGGCAAAAUUCAACGAAGUGCAAACCUGAAAAGAAAAUUUCUUUUCGUUAUGUUCAAUGCUGCUUCUUUUGUAUACGUACCGCAGACUUACGAACCAACGGAAGCCAAAUCAAUGGCCGGUUGACCAUCAACAUUGUAAUUUGCAGCAAGAUAAAUAAAUCGAAUUUUUUGUAAA